CAGGAAGCGUGCGCGCUCGCGGGGGAUAACAUCGACGCCGCGCACCGCGCGAACCUCCCGUCCGUGUGGGAGACGCUCCCGCAGAUCGUCGUCGUCGGCGGACAGAGCAGCGGGAAGAGCUCGGGCGCGUUCUUGCUCGAGGCCAUCGUCGGGAGAGACUUUCUUCCGCGCGGCGCGGGGAUAUGCACGCGGCGGCCGCUCGUGUUGCAGCUCCUGUGCGUGGACGAGGAGCGCGACACCGCGAAGUUUCUUCACAAGCCGGGGGAGGCCUUCACGGACUUCGCGAAAGUCCGCGAGGAGAUCGAAGCGGAGACGAACCGCGCGCUCGGCGUCGACAGCAAGAUCGUCUCCAGCGAACCCAUCAUGCUCAGCGUUCGAAGCCGAAACGUCCCCAACCUCACCCUCGUGGACAUGCCCGGGCUCACGAAAGUCGCGACGAAGGAUCAGCCGCCUUCGAUCGUGCGAGAGAUCGAGGACAUGGCGCGGGCGUUCAUCGCGCCCGCGAACGUCGUCAUCGUCGCGGUGUCGCCCGCGAACGCGGACAUCGCGACGUCGGACGGCGUGCGCAUCGCGCGAGAGGUCGAUCCAAACUUGGAGCGCACCGUGGGCGUGCUCACGAAGCUCGACCUCAUGGACCGCGGCACGGACGCGCGCGACGUCCUCGAAGGCCGGUCGUUGAUCGUCGAACACGGCUGGUGCGCCGUCGUGAAUCGCUCGCAAAACGACAUCAACACCGCCGUGGACAUGCGCACCGCGCGCGCGAACGAGCGCGCGUUCUUCGCGUCCAAGCCGGAGUACUCGCACGGCGUCAACGUCGGCACGGACACGCUCACGGUGAUGCUGACGCGCGUGCUUGGCGACAGCAUCCGACGCCAGAUGCCGAAGAUUGAGGAGAUGAUCGAUCAAAACGCGGCGGCUUUGGAGAACGAGGCGUGUUCUGGUUACACUGCGAUGCCGGGCGAUCGCGGCGCGCUGAUGCACGAGGUCUUGCUCAGCUGCGGCGAGUUCGAGAAGGACUUCGCAGCCGCGCUCGACAGCGGCAAGGGCGGCGGGGAGACGAUACGGGUCAUCUUCGAAGAGAAGCUCGUGGCGGCGUUGCGAGCGUUGAACAUGCGGGAGUUUUACAGCGCGAAAAACGUGAAAGCCGUCAUCGACGCCGCGGACGGGUACCAACCCCACCUCGUCGCGCCGGAGAUGGGUAUCCGCCGCCUCAUCGAGCUCGGCUUGGACCGGCUCCACGAGCCGACGACCGCGUGCGUACGGUCGGUCGACCGCGUAUUGCAGUCCAUGGUCGAGCGCGCCGUGGAGAGGCGCAACACCGGCGAGGCGCUUCGACGGUUCCCGUCGCUUCGCCGCGCGGUCGUCGCCGCCGCGCACGACGCGCUCGAGCGCCACAAGCGCGAGGCAGAGGCGAUGGUCACCGCGAUGGUGGACAUGGAGGCGUCGUACUUCGACGCGGAUUUUUUCCGGCGGUUUUCGAGCGACCCGGAGGCGGCGCUGGAAGCCGCGGGCGGCGGCGGCGGCGAGGCGAAGCUCGACGACGGCGAGUCGACCGACCGCGGCCCCGAGAGCCACCUGCGCCUCAUCAGCGCGAGCGUGUACGCGUACGUGGACGCGGUCCGCGCGCGUAUGGCGAAGACCGUCCCGAAAGCGGUCGUGCACUGCCAAGUGUUGCGGGCGCGUCGCGGGCUGUUGUCGAGGUUUUACGCGUCGCUGGGCGCCAAGGCGCAGUUGCUCGCGCUCAUGAACGAAGACCCGGCGGUGUCGAAGCGCCGCGUCGCGUGUCGCGAGCGCGUCGCGCUGUUACGUCGCGCGAGGGACGAGAUCUCCGCCGUCGUCGGGUGA